CCAGGGUAAUAAAUAACCGUAUUUAUUAGACAAAGUAACGUAUAAAAAGUUGUUGACAGAUAUUUUAUUACGCAUCACAAGUCACAACCAGUUCAAAGUAAAAUCUUUUUUUAUUCUUCAGUAAAUAAAUAAAAUAGAGACAGUUUAUUAAAAAAAGUUAUCAAUAGAAACUUAAUAUAUUAUAAAGUAAUAAAAUACAUUUAAUACGAGUAAUAAACGUAUACAGAGACGUAAAAUAAAAUAUAUUACGAGAUAUAAAAUCCAGGUUAUCCACGUGCUCGCAUACUAAAAGGAUGGCAGAACUUGGGAAAUUCUUGUACAGCAAAGAGACGACAAAAGAAAAGAAAGCAGAUCAACAACUACUGAGGACCUGUAGAUACCACGGUAGAGUUGGGGAUCGGAAUUCCUACUGGGCCAAUCCCGUAUUUGCCACACCAGCAGCGUAUCUCAACUUUGAUAUCCCAGUAACGACCGGAAUUACACUAGCGGCCGGCUUUCACCGACGACUGACUAAUGUAUUAGUUUAUCACGAGAAAAACUCAGUGCUAGUCGUGCCUGAGACACCAGUGAUUACAGCGGUGCAGACACCAGAACUUCCAAUCCCAUCGAUGACUGUAAAAUGCCAAAUGAUGAUUGGAAGAGAUUUAAAGAUGGUAGACUCCAACUUAAGUCACAUGCUCUCGCAAACUGAAUGGCGAGAGAUAGUCAAGAAAAUCACGGAGUCAAUGUCACCAAAGUCCACUAGGACUAUUGCUACGCAGACCAUCGAGACAAGAUUGGCUCCCGUACCAGAACCCGGCUGCCUCAAAUGCAAAGAGAAAGGGCACACUCAUGAUCAGUGCCAGAACGAACUUAGAGGUGAGUGCUACUGCACUAAUUGUCGAAGAUUAGGGCACACCAAUAACACGUGCCCCUACCAGCAUUGGAAUACAGAUGGGUACAGGAAGAUGAGAGGCUACUGUCGUCACUGUUCCACACAAGAUCCUUUCAUGAACGAUUCGUGCCAGACAUGCCGAACGAGAGUCCAGAUGUCACAAGCAGCAAGAGGGGCAUUCCAAAUCUUGCCACCGUAAUCAACGACAUUUCCCGGACAUGACCUGAAGUACAUGUGAUAAGUGACAGUGUUAUCAAGAUUGCUCAAGAAACCAGUAUUAUACAAAGACAAUAGUAUUUAUAUUAUAAACCGGUUUUUAGUUCAUUAUUAUUUUUUGGUUUUUUAUUUUUAUUUUUGUCAAUCACAUAGUACAUUUGAA